UCACUGAAAGCCGAGAGUGGGUGGCUUCUGUGCACACCAGCGACAACGGCGCUCAUCUGAAGGGAAACGAACACACACAAUCGACAGCCCAUACGCAAAUGGCGGUUUCUGGAGAUCUCAGAGUCUCCGCGACACUCUGCUCUCACCAUCCUCACCCUCAUCGGACUUCUUUUCCCUCUUCAAAGGUUGAAUUCUCUGGCUUUUCAAGUGGAGGGCUUAUCAGUCAUGAUGUUGCUCUGAAAUGGCAUAACAUGGCAAUCGAUAGUCGUAAUAGGCGUGGCAUUUCACAGAUAACUACUCGGAGCUCAGAAAGUUAUGAAAUGUCGUCGAAAACAUCAAGCCAAGAAGCCGAAACCUUCCUUCUGAAUGCCAUAAACAUGAACUUCUUUGAGCGGUUGAACUUAGCUUGGAGAAUUUUAUUUCCUACCCCAACAUCGAAGAGAAAUUCGAACGCCCUGAUCGCCAAACAGCGACUAAAGAUGAUCCUCUUUGCUGACCGAUGUGCAGUUAGCGAUGAGGCUAAACGAAAGAUCGUUAGUAACAUAGUGCAAGCGCUAUCAGAUUUCGUAGAAAUUGAAUCGAAGGAUAAAGUUGAGUUGAGCAUGUCAACGGAUUCUGAUCUUGGAACCAUUUACUCUGUCACGGUACCUGUGAGAAGGGUGAAAGCAGAAUAUCAAGAAGCAGACGAGAGUGCAACGAUAACGAACAUCGAGUACAAAGAUAACGGAGAGACGACUGGUUCUGUUGAUGUGAGGUUUGAUUUCUUCAUUCCAGAUUGAAUGCAUCUAUGGUUUCCUAUGGGUGAAAUUGAUAAAUAAUUUGUAUUUGAACAGUGGCAGUAGCCAAAAAGCUUUGUUCUUCUGUAUAUAAAUUGGAUGGAUUUCUGUCCGGCAAUGAGGAUUGUGGUUUCAAUUGAGAUUGUAGCUGGAUUUAGUGUUUA